AUGAUAUUUAAGACUGAAGCCUGGCUUCCUCCUCGCAAUCUCCUCCGCCGCUGCGGACUCUGGCAGCUUUAUCACCAGAGUCCCCGAACUCUCACUUUCUCUUCCAUCCCCCGCAUCGGAUCACCGACGUGCCCCACCAGGUCAGACGCAGUGGUGGACACCAGCUCCAAGAUCACCACCAGGGACUUACAGGAGAAGAAAGAAGCUGUGGACGAAGCAGAGAAUGGAAAAGACGCCCCUGCUACUGGGAAGGCUAAUGAGGAAAAUGGGGAGCAGGAGGCUGACAAUGAGGUAGAUGAAGAAGAAGAAGGUGGGGAGGAAGAGAAGGAGAAGGAGGAAGAAGGUGAUGAGAAAGCUGAGGCCACCACAGGCAAACUGGCAGAAGAUGAUGAGGAUGUUGAUACCAAGAAGCAGAAGACUGAGGAGGAUGACUAAACAGCCAAAAAGGAAAAGUUAAAUUAAAAAACAACAAAAAAAAGGCCACCGUGACCUAUUCACCCUCC